AUGCUCACGGACAUGCAGCCCACCAUCUUUGCCAACAUGCUGGGGGGGUCGCUCUUCUUGCUUAUCGUUCUCUACCACUGCAUGGUCGUCAACAAUCCCAAGAAGCAGGAAUGA